AGCGUUAUGUCUGACAGUGUGAUGCGUGGCAUGACGCAUAACCAGUGUCUUUUAGAAAUGAUCGUCUCUGAUGGCUGCUUUGGUAACAUUAGCGUCAGUGAUAAUAGCUAAGCUAGCUGGCUAGCUCUCUGGCAGGACUAGCUUGUUGUCCCUUUGCUGACUUAGCCAGCAAGCUUCUCUUAACUGGGAACAAAAAGACAAGAGUUACACCGUACAGGUUUUUUGUGUGUUUGCUUAAUCGAAAAUAUAUCUCGACAGAGACAUCUGCUCAUAAAAUUUGCAAAGUGGUGACAGCCACCCAUCUUAUUAUAGUUACUGUUCCAGACAAUAAGCAUGUUUGCCUUCCCCAGGUAGAUUUUUGCCACCAAGUCUACAAGAGUCAUACCGUCCAGAUACGGCUUUAGUAAAUCUUUGAAUGUCUGUUCUCUUACUCUUUAAUAAAUGUUAAUCUGUCAUUAAGAUAGGGGGGAUUUGGCUCAUAGAGGAACAUUAGCCUCUGACUGUGGUUACACCUAUUUAUAACCUGUCAGCCGUACGUUUGAAACACAGGACCAGUUGUUUACCUUAGAUAAAGUUUUUCUCUCACUGAAUACCACAUGUAACCAAGCUUAUCUACAGCAAUAAGGAUGUUUUGCUUUUCAGAACCAGAUUUUUUGGCAUCCAUCUGGUUUUUCAAGUGAAACUUUGUUGUGAGACUUAAAAUUACCGACCAGGCAGAACAAGAACUUUACGCUGGUGGGCCCCCAUUCAACAAGUUCAUGGGAUAACAAACAUUGCCUUUGUCUCAGUCUCCCUCCGCUGCACCUGGGCUCAGAUGUGAAACACGAUGGGCAGCCAAGGCAGCCCAGUGAAAAGCUACGACUACCUGCUCAAGUUCCUCCUGGUCGGAGACAGCGAUGUGGGCAAAGGAGAGAUCCUGGACAGCCUGCAGGAUGGUUCGGCCGAGUCCCCGUAUGCUUACAGUAGUGGUAUCGACUAUAAAACCACCACCAUUCUUCUGGACGGGAGGAGAGUGAAGCUGGAGCUUUGGGACACGUCGGGACAGGGGAGGUUCUGCACCAUCUUUCGCUCUUAUUCCCGCGGGGCUCAGGGGAUCCUGCUCGUGUAUGACAUCACCAACCGGUGGUCCUUCGACGGGAUCGACAGGUGGAUCAGAGAGAUCGAUGAGCAUGCUCCUGGUGUGCCCCGAAUCCUCGUUGGUAACCGUCUGCAUCUGGCCUUCAAACGGCAGGUUCCCACUGAGCAGGCGAGGGCGUACGCCGAGAAGAACGGCAUGACCUUCUUCGAGGUGAGCCCUCUGUGCAACUUCAACGUCAUCGAGUCCUUCACAGAGCUGUCGCGCAUCGUGCUGAUGAGGCACGGCAUGGAGAAGUUCUGGAGGCCCAACAGAGUGUUCAGCCUGCAGGACCUCUGCUGCAGAGCCAUCGUGUCGUGCACUCCGGUCCACCUCAUCGACAAGCUCCCGCUGCCCGUCGCCAUCAAGUCUCACCUCAAGUCCUUCUCCAUGGCCAACGGCAUGAACGCCGUCAUGAUGCACGGACGCUCUUACUCGCUGGCCAACCCGGCCGGCGGCUCCAAAGGCAACAGCCUGAAGCGCUCCAAGUCCAUCCGUCCGCCGCAGAGCCCGCCGCAGAACUGCACCCGCAACAACUGUAAGAUCUCCUAAUUAACGGCGGGGAGGAGACGGAGGAUCUACGCCGUGGGGUCAGGAGACAGGACGCUGUUGGCUGGAGGAAAAGAGCGCAUCCCUGAACUGGGAUGAUGGAUAACGUAUGAAUGAGGACUCUAACGGGCUCUCAAGCUGUCAGAGAAGGACCACAGAUCUGAAUCUGAAUCUCACUACCAUGAACCGCUUUAUUCACUCCUGACUGCCGGAGUGUUGACUACGUGUACAGAAAUCUCUCACCAACUGUCUGCUCCACGUGAUGCUCGCCACCUGCUGUGUCUGCGCAUGGCAGAAGUCACCUCAAGAUCACGUCUUCACUUUCACGUCUCCUGUCUGUCGGGUUGUAAUUCCACCCUUUUCUGUUCACGCCUCAGUUUAUUUGCUAUCUUAAUGACCAAUAAGCUAACGACCGGGACACUAAUAAGCUGGCGGUUUGAACCUGAUCUCCAGAGUUGCUCGUGUGCCUUCAGCCUCAGAUUUCUUGGGUCAACAUAAACAAAGUGUGAGCAUCCACACACACAAGCUGUGUUUUCAAAGAGUGCAGCAGAUUUUCUGUAAGCACUAAAAACAACCGCGGAUAAGAAGGUGCACAGACGAGUUCCCGUGAAGCAGUCCACACGGCUGCCUGCUGUCACGGGGGAUUAAGUGAUGCUUGUUGCCAUGGAUACCACUAUUUAAGGCUUCUCUUCCUUUUGUGAUAUUUAUUUUUAACUUUGAUUUGGAAGAAGUUUAUUCAGCGAGGUAAAACUAAGCCAAAUGUAAACAGUGUGUUGAACGUUUCGGCCCAAGGGCUUCUGGGAGUUGUAGUCUGGAGAUGAGGCGGAGCAGGCACCCCAGAGUCACUCUCCUACUCCU